GUAAUAAGUUGUAGCAAAGAUUCUGAGUUGCUUGUCUUUGCUCCAAUAAGUAAUUAAAUAGGUCCCGUCUUUGCAUGUAUAGCAAAGCUUCGACCACGUAACAUACAUCUCCACCGGCCAAAAAUGUCUGGCCCCCCGUUGUUCCGACCGCCAAACAAAACUCCGUUUGUGGCUCUCAAAAUCAACACUGCUUUAAAUCAGUAUUCUCCCAAUUUCCCUCAUUUUACAGAAGCAACAGCCGGAGUCAUUUGAGAUUGCGAAGAAAUUAUUACAACAAACACAAUAAAAAAAAAUGGGUGUAGUAGUGCCUGAAUUAUUACUAAAGAUUCUGUACCCGCCGCCGCCGUCUCUGUUCAUCUCCGCCAUGUCCGUCAUCAGUUUCGCUUCCUUAGCAAAUGCGGGAUUCAUGGAAAUCAAAGGGAAGCACAUGAAGUACUCCAAGUUCGCAAACCUUUCUUCUGAUAAGAACCACCCAAAAUUGGUCUCUGGUAAAACAGGGAUGCUCAUAGCUUACACUCCCGCACUUCUUGCCGGUUUAGCUUCUUUUACCCUUCUCCUCCCAAUCGAAGAAGGUUUAAGAUUUCAGAUGCUUCAAUCGGCCUUAACCAUCCAUUUCUUCAAAAGGGUCAUCGAGGUACUCUGUAUUCACAGAUACAGUGGUGGAAUGGAGAUUGAUACAGCCAUUCCGAUAUCGAUUAGCUAUUUCCUGUCCACGGUUACGUUGAUUUACACUCAACAUCUGACAAAUGGGCAUCCAGAACCAUCAAUUGAUCUCAAGUUUGUUGGACUCGCCCUGUUCUUCAUCGGGAUCAUUGGAAAUUUUUACCAUCAUUUCUUACUGUCAAGAUUAAGAAGCCCGGGUGAAAAACAGUACAAAAUUCCCAGAGGAGGAAUGUUCGAUUUGGUAAUAUGUCCGCAUUAUUUGUUCGAGAUUCUGGGAUUUGUUGGGGUGACCUGCAUUUCUCAAACGGUGUACGCAUUGGCCUUCACUCUGGGCACGGCUUGUUACUUGAGUGGCCGGAGCUUGGCUACAAGGGAAUGGUACAAAUCCAAGUUUGAUGAUUUUCCAGAGAACACCAAGGCUCUUAUUCCAUUCAUCUUCUAGUUGAGAUAAUCGAUACUAAUAGAAAUAAUUAUUUUGUAUAAUAUGUAUCACCAAUUCACCAUUUCUUUUUUUUUUUUUUACAUCCUAUUGUAGUCCAUAAUGAACUAAACAUCGUUAUAUGUCUAUUUAUCGAGGUAUUUACAAUUCAAAGAUCGGA